CGCAUUCCUCUUUAGCGCUUCUAUUAUUGUUCUCAGCUUCGAGCUCGGCUAUAACAAUUCCCAGGAAUUGCCUGCACAAUACUGCCAGUUGGCUCUGUGCACGACCUCUAGCAAAUAUGCAGGGCACGUGCUCAUGUUCUGGAUCCAUUGCUUCACUGCGGGGAUAUCAGCUGCAACAAAGAUGUAGAGGAUCGAGGGUUGUCACAAGGCGGCAAUGCUUGCGAGUGCAAGCCGCCAAGACAGCGGACGGCCCAUCGCUGGCCAUAGUUGGGGUGACUGGAGCCGUGGGACAGGAGUUUCUGAGGGUGCUGAAGGAGCGGGACUUCCCCUACAGCAACCUGAAGCUCUUAGCAUCUGCCAGGUCAGCUGGUAGGACAGUGGAGUGGGAUGGGGGGUCCUACACGAUAGAGGAGCUGACGGAGCAGAGCUUUGGUGACGUGGACAUCGCCCUGUUCAGCGCCGGGGGCUCCAUCUCAAAGAAGUUUGCGCCUAUUGCUUCCGACGCCGGCUGCACGGUGGUGGACAACAGCUCAGCCUUCCGCAUGUCAGAGGGCGUUCCCUUAGUCAUUCCGGAGGUCAACCCCGAUGCGCUGAAGGGUGUGUCAGCUGGCAAGGGGGGAAUCGUGGCCAACCCCAACUGCUCCACCAUCAUCGCGCUCAUGGCAGUCACUCCCCUGCACCGACUCGCUGGCGUCAAGCGCAUGGUUGUGAGCACCUACCAGGCGGCGAGCGGGGCUGGGCAGGCGGCUAUGGACGAGUUGGAGUUGCAGACGCGCGAGGCUCUGGACGGCAAGCCCAUCACUCAGAAUAUCUUCCCCUUCCAGUAUGCGUUCAACCUGUUCAGCCACAACUCGCCGAUGACGGGCAACGGGUACAAUGAGGAGGAGAUGAAGAUGGUCAAGGAGACCCACAAGAUCUGGGGGGAACCGGACAUCGCCAUCACCGCCACAUGCAUCCGUGUGCCCAUCAUGCGCGCGCACGCCGAGUCCAUAAACCUCGAAUUCGAGCGCGAUGUCAGCGAGGAGGAGGCGUUGGAGGCGCUGUCGAAGGCUGCCGGGGUGUCGAUAAUAAACGACAGGGCGGCGAACCGAUUCCCGACGCCGCUGGAUGCCUCCAACCAGGACGACGUCUACGUGGGCCGAGUGCGCCGAGACAUUUCCCGGCCGGACUCGCGCGGCCUGGACCUGUUUGUGUGCGGGGACCAGAUCAAGAAGGGGGCUGCGCUGAAUGCUGUGCAGAUUGCCGAGCUGCUGCUCUGAGCGGGCUCUGUGGUUUCUUGCGCGCCCAGCUGACGUAAGCAGCUGUGCGGAGGUGCCACACUUCAGAUCCAUCAGCUUGGGCACGUGCGGAAGGGGCACAGGAUUGGGAGAAUAAUCUGCGCUGAUUGCUGCUGUGAGGAUGUGUGGAAUGUGGGAUUUUGGAUUGCACACAGCAGGCUCCAUUUCUGAGUCGUCUCCUCAUUAGAGAGGGUUGCAAAUCUGCCACUGCCACUUUUUGCCAUACAUGCUGCAUGCUAAGGUGCAGCUGUGGUUGCAACAAAUGAUUCCUCUCCUCCAAUUUUGUGACAUUUUCACAACGGUGUGCUGCAGUUGUAUGCCGUGCACAGCCAAUCACAGCGCUGCUAGCUGCUGAAACGACUUAUUGCACCUGCCUGUGACAGCAGUGGCAGAAGUGAGGCACUCUGAGCUACAGUAUGCCAGUCGUGUAGGUACAGUCUUGCUUGUGACUACUCAGAAGUGCUCUUAACUGAUAUUAAUGGGUGGCUGAAGUGCAUGUCUGCGUGUCUUGGGAAUGAUUGCUCCCACGAGAAGAAUUGUGUUGUUGUCACCAAUGUGUCAGGAGGUCAUGUUACAAGGAUUGCUCC